AUGGCGUGUCCGCACCUUGAAUCCAUAGGUUCAGCGCUGCAGCCGCCUGCGCCCUUCCACUCCGUCUAUCGGGAAGACUGCACCCAGUGCUUCGACUCCAUUGAUGACCCCGCUGGUGUCGAUGUCUGCCUCCAGUGCUUCAACGGCGGUUGCGCCGGCGACCGCAACCACGCCCAGCUCCAUAAACAGCUCUGGAGCCACCCCCUCGUCCUCAAUAUCCGCCGCACUCGCAAGGUUGUCGUCCGGGACGAGCCCCCCCUGAAGAUGUCCAAGCUUGCCAUCGCCGCCGAGACCGAGGCCGACCGAUACGAUACCAAAACCACCGUCAAGUGUCUCGACUGCGACAAGGAUCUCGACCAGUCUAGCGACGCGCUUGCGCCCAUCGUCGAUGGCAUCCUCAAGGCCAACACCUUCUCGCGCAAGGAGGAGGUCAAGGCCUGGGAGCAGGAGCUGACCAGCUGCGAGCACAUCCUCCUAAUGCAACAAGCCGAAUCCCGAGCGAUUCAGUCCGGCGACCUCGGGCACUGCUCCGCCUGCGACUUGCACGAGAACCUGUGGCUUUGUCUGGAGUGCGGGAACCUGGGCUGUGGACGGAAGCAAAUGGGCGGCGUUGACGGCAACUCGCACGCGCUCGCCCACUCCGAUCAGUCCGGCCAUGGCGUCGCCGUCAAGCUGGGAUCCAUCACCCCCGAGGGAACGGCCGACGUUUACUGCUACAAGUGCGAUGAGGAGCGCAUCGACGGAGACCUCGGCCAGCACCUCGCACACUGGGGCAUCAACCUGGCGAACCAGCAGAAGACGGAGAAGAGCUUGACCGAGAUGCAGAUCGAGCAGAACUUGCGCUGGGACUUCAGCAUGACGACCGAGGACGGCAAAGAACUGAAGCCCCUGUUCGGUGCCGGCCUGACCGGCCUCAAGAACCUGGGCAACAGUUGCUACCUCGCCAGCAUUGUCCAGUGUCUCUUCGACACCCCCGCCUUCAAGAACCGCUACUACCUGCCCGACCGCGACCUUCCCCACGUCCAGGAGCCCGCCGCCGACUUGGAGACCCAACUUCGCAAGAUGGCCGACGGCCUGCUCUCCGGCCGGUACUCGAAGCCCGACUCGGACGUUGUCGCCUCCGAACACUCUCCCGAAAUCUCGCACCAGAAGGGCUUGGCUCCGGCCAUGCUGAAGCACCUGAUCGGCAGAGGCCACGCCGAGUUCUCGACCAUGCGCCAGCAGGACGCUUUCGAGUUGCUGCAGCAUAUCUUCAAGCUCGUCUCCCGCUCUCAACACCCCUCGGGCCUCGGCGACCCUACCCAGCCUUUCCGUUUCACUCUGGAGCAGCGCCUGCAGUGCCUCGGCUGCAAGAAGGUGCGGUACUCGACCAACGAGCAGGACAAUAUCUUCAUCGACGUGCCUCUGGAGAAGGAGCCGGUCACCGAGGGUGCCGAGGCGCAAGCGGACGCAUACAAAGCCGUGACCCUGAAGGAGUGUCUCGACAACUUCACGGCCGAGGAGGUGGUCGAGCUGACGUGCUCUGCUUGCGGUAGCAAGGACGGCUAUACGAAGCGCUCCCUAUUCAAGACUCUGCCCGAAAACCUGGUUGUCAAUGCCAGGAAGAUGGCCGUCAUCAACUGGGUGCCCGUCAAGAUUGACGUUCCCGUCAUCGUCCCCGACGAACCCUUCCUCCUGGACGAUUACCUCUCGAAGGGACUGCAAGCUUCGGAAGAAGCGCUCCCCGAAGAGCCCGAGAACAGCGCUCCGGCGUUUGUCGCGAACCCAGAGGCCGUCAGCCAGCUCGAAGCCAUGGGUUUCGGCCGCAACCGUUGCGACCGGGCCUUGCAUGCCACUGGAAACUCGGACGCCAACGCGGCCAUGGAGUGGCUGUUCGCACACAUGGAGGACCCCGAUAUUGAUGAGCCUCUUGUCCUGAGCGGCGGCGCUGCAUCAGAUGGUGGUGCUGGUUCAGACGACCCGGAGAAGAUUGAGAUGCUGGGUGCCAUGGGAUUCUCUGUGCCCCAGGCAAAGAAGGCUCUUCGCGAGACCAGCGGCGACAUGGAGCGCGCCGUCGAGUGGCUCUUCAGCCACCCGGAGGACCAAGGCGUCUUUGACGAUGACGCCGCAGCCGGCGCAUCUGAGCCUGUCGGUCCCACGGCCGAGGCUGGCAGUGCGGCGACGCCUGCCAAAUACCAGCUCCAGUCCAUUGCUUGCCAUAAGGGUACCAGCAUUCACGCUGGACACUAUGUCGCUUUCAUCCGCAAGGAGAUUGAUGGCCGUCCCCAGUGGGUCCUGUUCAACGACGAGAAGGUGGUCGAGGCGGGUGAGAUUGAAGAGAUGAGAAAGUUUGCCUACGUAUACUUCUUCAAGCGGGUUUAG